AUGGAGGAUCUGGCAGAUCUCUUGGCUAAGGUACUCCCCACGGGGGUUGAGAUUACCCUUCGUCAUGUCUCUUCAACACCCACUCCCUCCGAUGCCCUCUUCGCUGCCGCACCGGGUCAACCUUCAGAGCCAACCUUCUGUGAAACUCACUUCCUUUCAGCCUCCAUUGAUUGCAACGAUGAAGAGACUAUCAUUUUCGGUAUGGAAGUGAUGGUCUACAACACGGCCCACUUGACCACCAUCUUUAUUUCCAAGGCCGACUCAACCGGACUUCUGCAUCUACUCAAGGUACCACGCAGGGUCUCAAUCCUGAGAUUGGUCUCCAACACCUUCCUCUCAUUCCUGGCCCGGUCUCGACAACGGCCCGGCGUGCGUCUGGUGAUUUCACUCUUUGCCCGCGCUCAGGACCAGUACUUGUUCCCAGGCAGCAUUGAAAAUCCAGAGAAACACGUUCUAGAUGACAGGGGCCUGAUUAAAUGGUGGUGCCGUGCCGUGGAUCCCAUUCUCCGGGAACAUGAGCCUGAAUCUGCGGCCCAGGAGACCAAGGCCGUCGAUCAAACCGUCGAAGCAACCAAGGCUUCAGCUACUGCCUACUUGAUCGUUCCAAGUUGUGAUCGCUUUGAGACUCGCAAUUUCUUCCCUCCCACAGCCAAAACAGACCCACAGGAUCGCCCACGAUGGCUAAACAGCUAUCCGCUAAAACAAUUAUAUCACGAUCCCUCGGCUCCUCCACGGUGCCUGGUGCCGCGGUUCCCGGAUGAUCCCAAGACCCGCUUCCUUAUUGAUCUGGAUGAUGAGCUGCCGGAAGGAAACCCAGAUCUACCGGAGGCUGGACGCUGGCGCAGCGUCAAGUCCCUGGAUCAAUUCUGGGAAAUGAUGUCCUUCCGCCAAGAGUGCUCUGCCGGUCGUUUAGUUGGGUUCUUGUGGUUGGUCAUCAACCCUCCUGGUUUGAUGAACUCGACAUCAAUGGAAAGUCAAACGCGCGUUUCCUCAGACCACAGCCACCCUCACGAGCCAAUCUCGGUUGCCACGGAAGAAGACAUCAAGACCUCUGACCCGCCAAAGGAGCAGGAUACAUCGGCACAGGCAGCAACAAAUACCAUCGUGCCGCCAGCAUCCGAGCUUCCCCUGAACGAAGAGCCAAUCAAUCCCUUUGACUGGCCCGAAGUCGGACGCGGCGAUGUCGUUCUCGGUGAAGCAGACUAUAAAAAGAUGAUGGACACUGUGCUGGACAACUUUUACGACGAGACAGAGAUCGGCGCUAGCACAAAAGCCUACAUUGACCAUGUCGCGGCUCUUGCAGACCAACUUACAUGGGGCAAGAAGGUUGUCGGUGUCAAUGCCGACACUGACACUCCCCAAGCUACCAGCACAGGUACAAACAACAUCCUCGAUCUCGGGCUGAUCCGCAAACGAAAGAAGUCACUGGGCGAGACCAAGGUGGAUCAAGAGCCUGGUCUAGACACUCCCCCAGCUUCGGCUCCCGUUGAGACGGGCCCGGUCAAUGUCCUCAACGCUAGCUUGGUUCGGAAGAAGAAGAAAACAUAA